CUAUAAAUCAUAUGUGUAUACCUUAGGUACCUAGAUAGGUAUUAAGACUUCCAAGGUUAUCUACUUAGGCACGUUAGAUACUGUAUUAAUUAAACCAGCACACAAACCCCCAAUUUUAAAAUUUAAAUUAGGUCUUUUUAUUUUAUUUUAUUCCACUCUACAACUCAAAAGUCGUCAAGGUUAUACAUAUGAUACGAUGAGCACCUAUCUAGGUACCUAUAUGUAACCUACCACCUGCACUUUACAAUUGAUGCUACUUGUAGCAGUACAUUUUACACCCCGAGCCGCUUUACUCCCCCCUAGUCUUCGACUAGCCUCGAUAACCUCCGCAUCUGAUGGCGUCGCGAAUCCCGCCCCUCUUAGACCCCUACCUUCGCCUACCACCUGAGACAUCGUUCAUCCUCCUCAGCGGGGUUUUGGGAUCGACCACGAACUGGCUCGUCCUUCGCUAUCUCCAUUCUCUACUCUCCACAGCAACAAAGGAGGAAAGCCUUGAUUCGUCCCGCGUAGACGGUGUCAGCGUAAUUUUUGCCAGCUUCCUGCGAGACUAUGCUUUCUGGAAAGAAAACGCUGGGAAACUUGGUCUUGACCUUGACGGGCUAUCUAGGAAGGGUAGAUUUGUCUUUGUAGAUGGUCUCAUCAACCUAUUCCAUGAGUCCCACGGUCGUAUUCCGGGGCGUUCGUUAGGAGAUCAUACCGGGAGGAAAGUUUUGUCUUCCGCGACGCUUCAGCACUUUUACACAAAAAUGCAAGAUGCGGCGACACAAAUCCAGCGUUCCGCUCCAGAGCAGAAAACAGUUUUACUCGUAGACCAGAUGGACCUGUUGUUAGCCGCCUCCGGAGACGAUAUCACAAGCCAAGGAUUGAGGGAGACGUUGCUUGGCAUCCGGGAAAAAGUCCAUCUGUCCGUGGUCACCUUGUCUAUAGACGAACCAUUAGUAUCGUCACAAACGACACCACUAGAAAAGGAACACGCAGCAUUCGCAUUAUCAUUAGCUCACGAUGCCCAGCUCGUCAUCAGUUUGAGAAUGCUAGAUACAGGUGCGGCAAGGGAUGUGAGCGGUGUUCUAAGGGUUACGCCUGGUGGUGGGCGUAGUAGCGUUGAUGGAGCGGCUGUAGAGGACCAGGAAUUAUUAUAUUUCGUAGCCGCCGAUGGUGGAGUACGAGUAUUUGAACGGGGCUAGUGACUAUAGGCAUCCGCAUAGAUUCCUAACACAGACUCGGCGCAUAUAUAUAAAGAAAGACGCGUCGGGCGAACUGGCUUUAUCCUGUAGCACGGAACAUGCCAUCUGGAAUCUUGUGCCUUCAAUGUUCCAGACCUUAGUU